AGAACAUCCAACGAGCCAAACAAAGGAAGAAGAACAGAUGCUCAAAGUGUGGGUCGGAGCAUCACAAUGCUAUAAGAUCUCCUAUGAAUGUUGGUAUUCAGGCUCCUCAUGUCGGCUCAUCUCGUAGGAAUGUAACAGAUAGGGAAAUGACAAUGGCAACACAAGGAAUUGGAACCUAUAUUGAUGAGAACACCGACAACAUGUAUGCUAGGCUAAGUACGAGGGUUCCAGAGGGUGCUGGAGGUGUGAAAGCCAUUGCACCAGACUGUCCUGUC